AUGUCGACAUGCAUUCGAUCUCAACAUCAAUCGUCAAAUCAAUUAUAUCAAAUUGUCACCGGACUAAAACAAUUUCAUUCUCAGUUGUGCCAAUUUAAAUUCGAAAAUUGUAUUCAAGAUUCCUCCUAUGCUGAUCAAUUAGAUACCGAUUGUAACAUAUAUUCGCGUUUACGCGAUUGUUUUCGUUCAUUACUCGAUGAUUCUCAAUGUCUAUCCGCACAACUUAAAGAUCAGUAUACAAAAGCGAAACAAAAUGAAUAUCAAGCGUGUGGCGUUGCUUCAUCGUAUGAAUCUGUUCGUUCAUCAAGCAUUGUUCACAAAUUUCGCAUACGGGAUAAAGCAUCUGAUGAAUCAGCGUCUACUGAGACAAAAGGAUAUGAAUGUCUUUGCAUCGGAAGUCAAAAUCUUGGAACACGUAAAUCAAUAGUAAAAAUAAAAGUUGUGAGAAUACCUCUUCAUCGUGUAUUUACAUUGAGUGAUAAUUUAAUUCAAAUACUUGAUAGUGAUAAUUUACAACCAAUUCCUAAUUUAAAAAUAAAAAAUGUUCUAACAUUUGGUGUAUCUAAUGCGACUGAUCAAUGUCAAGGAGGAUAUGUUGAUAUAUGUGUAUCAACAAAACGAAAUAAAAUACAAAUCUAUCGACUAGACAAAUUAAAUAUGAAUUUUGGUUACGAACUAUCAGUUCAAGAUUCGUUUACAUCAAUAGCAAUGGAUAGUUGUGGUAUUAUAGGAUGUUCUGAAACAGAAUAUUUUUCUUAUGAUCCAUCCAAUAGUAAUGAUCGUCGAUCAACAGGAUCUUUUAAUAGUAUAUUUAAAUUAGAUGAUCCGAAUACAGCAGUUUGUUUUACUAAUAUUUCUCCGGGCCAAUAUUUACUUAAUGGUCCCAAUGUUGGCGUUACUACAUCUUUGCAAGGCAUGAGUCAACGUCCUCCAAUUAUGUUUGUCAGUUCGCCGAUAGAUUUUAUUUAUUCACAUCCAUAUUUAAUUGUUCUCGUCAGGGAUUAUAUUCAUAUAUACAGUUAUUUAGACGAUCAACUUAAACAGGAGAUACCUUUGAAAUUUUGCCGAACAUUAUUAACUAUGCAACAAGAAAAUAUUAAAAAUAUCAUAGUUACGAAUAAAGAUAAUAUUUAUUUACUUGUUCCACUUAGUAUUGAAGAACAAAUUGAACAAUUAUUGAAUAGUUACCGUUUACAAGAAGCAUUAACAUUAGCCGAAAGUACUUGUUCAUCGAUUAAACAACGUAGCACAAAUCGAUUGGUUCUAUCAACUAAAAAGCGUAUUGCAUUUAUUGAAUUUAGUGCAAUGAAUGUUGUUCGUGCAUUAUGUUUAUUCGAUGAUAUUCAUAUAGAUUUUCAUGAAAUUCUGACACAAAUACCAAAUUUUUUACCAAUAAAUUCUUCAUGGUCGAAUAUAGAUGAAAAUAAUAAAAGUCAAUAUGUUCAAUGGUUGAAUGCACUCGGUGAUUAUAUGACAAGAAAAUCAGCUGAGUUUUCUCAUCAGCCGGACUAUUAUCCAGUACUAUUAAAAGCCUAUUUACUCGUGAAAACUCCUGAAAUGAUCAUUGAAUUCAUUCAAACCAAUGCCUCUUAUGUUCCAAUGGAUUAUUGUAAAAUUCUUAUAGAUGCACAACAUUAUAAUGCUGCAGCCAUACUCUAUUCUUCACAUGAAAAACAUCAACAAGCUAUUGAUAUAUGGAAAAAACUUGUAUCAAAUGAAUAUUCGAAUGAUGAUACAUUUCCUGGUGUGUGGAUUCUUGCGAAAUAUAUACUUGAACGAAAUAUUGAUCGAUCAUUAGAAUUCUCUACUGCUGCCUGGUUCCUAGAACGAAACGAAGAAGAAUUAGCAUUAAAAAUUUUCACUAAUAAACAUCGAACGGAAUCGAACAAUGAUCCAUUCUCUUCUCAACGAGUUAUUAAUCUGAUAAAAACGCAUCAAACAGCAUUAGUAACUUACCUGGAAUAUGCUGUUUUUAAACUUCAACUUCAAACCGACGAAAUUCAUACAAUGUUAGUUAAUAUCUAUCUCGAUCAAAUUUUAUCAAAAUCAGAUAAUGAAGAAACACGUUCUAAACUUCAAGCAUUCAUAAUCACAUCAAAUUCGUAUCGUGUUCAAACUGUUCUACAUCGAGUUAAUCAAACAAAUCGAUUGAAACGUGAAGUUGCUCUUCUCUAUGGCAAAAUGAAUAAUUUCGAACAAGCUUUUCGAAUACUCGUCGAUGAACUGCAAGAUUUGGAAUAUGCAGAAAAUUAUUGUAUAGCUUUAUCACAUGGAAAAUCGAGUGCUGAUCGGAAAAUUGUUGCUCAUGUUCUAUUUAAAGUCUUUCUCAAUUCGUUAGAAAAAUAUCCAAAUGAAAUAAAAGCAGCACUACUUCGUCUUCUUUGCAAUAAUGAAAUUGAAUUUGAUUUUAUUGAAGUUCUACAACGUCUACCAUCUCAUUGGUCUUUAGCAUCGUUAUCUCAAAUUCUUCUACGAGCUUUACGUACUUAUUCUUAUACUCAGCGAGCAGCAAAACUAGAAUCCUCUUUAGUACGUGUACAAAAUGAACAGUUAAAUAUAAAAUUAAGUCAAUUGAAACGUUCAAACACAAUGAUUAAUGAACAACGUCAAUGUAAACAUUGUUUACAACAAUUUUAUGAAACAUCAUGUGUUGUUUAUCAAGAUGGAAUUCAAGUUCAUGUUCAUUGUGCAAAAAAAUACAAACAAAAUUAA